AUGGCAGGGACAUGCUGUGGCCGCAGGGCGGCUCGUGCCACCGUCGAAGACACAAACACAGGCAUAGAUGACCUUAGGGAGAGCAUACAAUCACCGUCCGGCGCAGCAGGCCUUGAACGAGACCCAAAUUGCGCGUGCGACCCGUGCAUGUGCCCGUCCGACGACGUGCCGUGCAACGCAAGAUACCUGGGAGAUGACACGAGCAAUCGAGGGCUGCAGCAAGCGCUCGACCGCCUCGUGCGGCACGCCCGGCAGAUCCAGGCGGCACAGGGUGACGCCUGUGACUGCGCAGAUCGCCCUCGUCGGCCCCGGGUAGAGGAGACCGGAACACCGGAGAGACCACCCGUCACAUCCCCGACCCCGACCCCGACCCCCUUGGAGAGCCCGGUGAGGGACCACGUCGUGCGCCGGGACGGGGCGCCCUUUGUCUUCAGCAUUUUUCUGUUUCCACCGGAGAUACGCAACUCUAUUUACGAGUUCUAUUUCGCCGAGGCGAGGCGCCUUCUCACUGUGAUUGCGGCUGUCCGAGUCCGUCAGGACGAAGAAGGCACGGAGACCCGAAUUAGACGCUAUCUUCGCAAUAUUCCUAGGGAACAUAGGCGUUUUGUCCUUGAUCAUAGGUACCAGAUCCAGAGGCCCAUCCAAUGGGAGGCAUCCAUUACCACUGUGCAGAGAGAGAUGGCAGCCAUUACAUAUGAGGCUUACGCGGGUGAUGAUGAGCUCGCAGAGUUACCUAACGACCCACUUGCUCUGCUUCGCGUCUCCAGAGAAGUGGGUUAUGAAGCGGGUGCAAUUUUCUUCCAAAGCUUCCGGUUCACCCACCCAAGAAACCGUAUGGGAGCAGAUGAUUGGGUACAUCAAGGUAUAUUGGCUGCGGAAACCUUUUUCACCGACCGAUCAGACAACUUCCGAAGACAAUUCAGACACAUUGAACUCGAUCUAGGCGUGGAGGAGCCCCUGCGAGAAGGCCCAACCUCCGACGCUGAUAAUCGCGCACUUGACCGGUUCAUGAUGCCUAGCCCGGGAACAGGCGCUGGUAAUUGGACGAAUGGUGUCGAUCGCUUUGGAAUAUUGUCAAACAUACUAGGACAGAUGGAAUUCCGGCACUUGACUCUAAACUUUACCGGGACGCCACCUCGCUGGUGGCUAAUGGGAGUUACUGACCCACGAAAUCCAGCGCCAAAUCUCAGCAGUCCCUUAGAACCCUGGGCCGUUGAUCUGUUCAAUAUACGUCCACGGAAUCGCUUACGAUUACAACUCCACUUCCGAUACGAUCGAAAAGAGCCAGUGAGAAGCAGGAAGAUCGAUCCAGAUACAGGCCAUCGGAGAUUGCUCGAUCCAGAUACACGCGAACCUUGGGUGGAGGAGAACAACAGUUCACUCUAUAACGCUAUUCACACGAUCAGCAUCAUUCGCCGCUUUUUGCUCGUCAAUGCACAAGGAAUGAGGAACCAGUACACAGGGAUCCGCGUGAUGCUAUGGUUAUAUCCCUGGACCGAAAAUAAAAGACGACCGGUUGAAGCCCUUGUUGAAUGCGAUGAUCAGUACCUCGAGACAAUCGGCGGGGUACGCGACGCCAUCGUAUCCCGCCUUCGAGAUCGGACCUUCGAUAGAGAGGGGGCAGCCCCCCAGCCGCAUUUCAAUUAUAGCGCCACUGAACACCCUCCGCCAUACGUGGAACCGAUGCCUCUGCCGCCUCCGCCGCCUCCGCAGAUUCCGGAAAGAGCCGUGGGGGAUGACGAGGAAGACGAAGCCAAUCCCAGCAUACUUGGCCCGUAA